UUGGUCAACCAUCUAAACAAGAACUCAAGUACUUUCAAAGUUUCAGUUUUUUCAGUUAAAGAUUGGAUUGUUGGAUCAAAUUAGGUAGAUGGGUAUGGCAGGUGUCCAAGAAAAUGGACAUGGUGAGAUGGUUUUGUCUGAUUUUCCACUGGGAAGCAAGAACAAGUAUAAGAGGAUGGAUUCUCAAUAUGAUGAAGAUGAUGAUCCUUCACAACAUCAUAGGAAGAAGAGUACUAGAAAAUAUGUUUUUGGUUGUGCUAUUUUUGCUUCUCUCAACAAUGUCCUCCUUGGCUAUGAUGUAGGUGUCAUGAGUGGAGCAAUCUUAUUCAUUCAAGAAGAUCUGAAAAUAACAGAAGUUCAACAAGAAGUUCUUGUUGGUGUUUUGAGCAUAAUUUCACUUUUAGGUAGCUUAGCUGGUGGAAGAACAUCAGAUGCAAUUGGUAGAAAGUGGACGAUGGGGUUAGCUGCUGUUAUAUUUCAAAUAGGUGCCGCUGUAAUGACUUUUGCUCCUUCCUUCGAAAUAUUAAUGGUUGGAAGGAUUUUAGCUGGAGUUGGCAUAGGCUUUGGUGUCAUGAUUGCACCCGUUUAUAUAGCUGAGAUAUCACCAACAAUUUCUAGAGGCUCGCUCACAUCAUUUCCCGAGAUUUUCAUAAAUCUAGGAAUUUUACUCGGUUAUGUAUCUAAUUAUGCAUUCUCCGGUCUUUCAGCACAUAUAAGCUGGCGGAUAAUGCUUGCUGUUGGAAUUCUUCCUUCAGUCUUUAUUGGAGUUGCUCUCUUCAUCAUCCCUGAGUCACCAAGGUGGCUGGUCUUGCAGAACCGAGUAGAAGAAGCAAGAUCGGUUCUAAUGAAAACAAAUGAAAAUGAGUCGGAAGUUGAGGAGAGACUAGCCGAGAUACAACUCGCUGCUGGAACAUCAAACACAGAGAAACCCGUGUGGCGUGAAUUGUUGAGCCCCUCUCCUGCCCUACGCAGGAUGCUGAUCACAGGUAUUGGAAUUCAAUGUUUCCAACAGAUCACUGGAAUUGAUGCCACUGUUUACUACAGUCCAGCAAUUUUCAAAGCAGCUGGUAUUGAGGAUGAAUCGAAACUUCUGGCUGCUACGGUUGCUGUGGGAGUCAGCAAAACAGCAUUUAUACUAAUAGCAAUCAUUCUCAUCGACAAAGUCGGGAGAAAGCCGUUGCUCUAUGUGAGCAUGAUCGGUAUGACUACAUGUUUGUUUGGCGUGGGGAUCACUCUCCUUUUAAUGAAAGAAGGAUCAAUUAGCAUCGCGUUAGCCAUACUAUUCGUUUGUGGGAACGUAGCAUUCUUCUCAGUGGGGAUCGGUCCAGUCUGUUGGGUUUUAACGUCCGAAAUCUUUCCCUUAAGGGUUCGUGCUCAAGCAUCAGGGCUCGGGGCAGUAGGUAAUAGAAUGUGCAGUGGGUUGAUUGCGAUGUCUUUUCUCUCAGUUUCGCGUGCAAUUACUGUUGGUGGAACCUUCCUAAUCUUCUCAGUAAUCUCUGUAUUAUCCAUUGCAUUUGUCUAUAAAUAUGUUCCAGAAACAAAAGGCAAAUCGUUGGAGCAGAUCGAGUUGUUAUUUCAGGAUGAAUAUGGAUUUCAAGGAGGUGAAGUACAACUUGGAGAUGUUGAACAUCUAGUGCAUAAGUGAAACAAAAGUCCUUGUUGAUGACAUGUUAAAUACACUGAUUGAAUCAUUAUUCAUUGAGUGAAGUUUUGGAGAGGCUAUUUGAUACGGCCAUCUGCAAAUGCCACUACAAUUUUCCCCUUUGGGGCAUUGGGGAGAAGCGAGGAUCACAGGAUACAUCUCUUACUUAUAACGAGACAGACAUAAAAAUUGAUGUCUGAGAUAGGAUAUGUAAUUCUUAUUUAUCAAAAGAAUCACAUGUAGCAGACA